ACACUCUGUUGACCACCCCCCCCUCCCCACGCUCCUGCCCAGGAGAAUUCCGAUUAUUCCAGGCCGAGUCCACACAGCACAGCUUCAGGAGGGGCUGGAGCACAUCGGCAGAAAGCUGGAUUUGUAGGUGAGAACGGACAGAUCAGAUGGAUGGAUGGGUAAUUGAACUGAAAGUGUGUGAAGACUUGUGAGCACUGCUUCUUGUGGACUAUAGAGCUACACCUGAGGCAGGGACAGAUGGAUGGAAUAAACUUAACAUUCUGGAACGCCUCUGAGGGCAAUGAGACGGAAACAGUGGAAGAGACGAGCCCGUAUAAGACAGUGGAGGUUGUAUUCAUUGUGCUGGUAGCAGGCUCGCUUAGCCUGGUCACUGUCAUCGGUAACAUCCUGGUCAUGCUCUCCAUUAAGGUCAACAGAAGCCUGCAGACUGUUAACAACUACUUCCUGUUCAGCCUGGCGUGUGCUGACCUCAUCAUUGGUCUGUGCUCCAUGAACCUCUAUACUGUUUAUAUUGUGAUUGGUUAUUGGCCACUGGGCCCUGUGGUGUGUGACUUGUGGUUGGCACUGGACUACGUGGUUAGCAAUGCCUCCGUCAUGAACUUGCUGAUUAUCAGUUUUGAUCGCUAUUUCUGCGUCACUAAGCCACUGAGCUACCCUGUCAAGAGGACGACCAAGAUGGCAGGGAUGAUGAUCGCUGCUGCCUGGGUACUGUCGUUCAUCCUGUGGGCUCCUGCCAUCCUCUUUUGGCAGUUCAUUGUGGGUGGCCGCACAGUACCAGAGAAAGAGUGCUAUAUUCAGUUCUUCUCCAACGCUGCUGUCACCUUUGGCACAGCCAUUGCUGCCUUUUACUUGCCUGUCAUCAUUAUGAUGGUGCUGUACUGGCAGAUCUCCCGGGCAAGCAAGAGCCGCGUCAAGAAAGACAACCGCAAGCCUUCAGGGGCCAACCUCGGAGUGGCUUCGCCCAGCCAGACCCGCAGCAAUGCGGUCAGCAAGCCUGAAAACAACAACCUGAUGGUGGAGGACCCUGAUAGGGGUCAGACCCAGACCACAGAUGAGGUGACCAACCAGCACGACAGCAAACUGCAGAAUGGCAAAGGGCCAUCCACAGCCAGCAGGGAAGGGGAGAACGGAGCGAGGAACAACUGUGUCCCAGUGGAGGAGAAAGAAAGCUCCAAUGACUCCACUUCUGGCAGUGGGGCUGCAGCCAAUCAGAAGGAAGAGGAGGUGAUGCCUUCCAGAGCCAAUGACAGUCAACAGCCCGCACGGCACUGCACCAAAGCUGGGGGCUCCAAGCUCACCUGCAUUAAAAUCGUCACCAAGUCACCCAAGGGAGAUUGCUACACCCCCACCAACACCACUGUGGAGAUCGUGCCAGCAACAGAGAAGCAGAACCAUGUGACGCGGAAGAUUGUGAAGAUGACCAAGCAACCACCUAAGAAGAAAAAAGCAGCUCCUUCCAGGGAGAAAAAGGUGACCCGCACCAUCAUGGCCAUCCUGGUCGCCUUCGUUGCCACGUGGACACCCUACAAUGUAAUGGUCCUCAUCAAUACAUUCUGCUCAAGCUGCAUCCCCAACACAGUGUGGACCAUCGGAUACUGGCUCUGCUACAUCAACAGCACCAUCAACCCUGCAUGCUACGCUCUCUGCAACGCCACAUUCAAAAAGACCUUCAAACAGCUUCUGCUCUGUCAGUAUAAAAAUAUCCGUUCAGCCAGAUGAGCUCUACGCGCGUGCUUGAAUGAGUGCGUAUAUGUGAACCUGUGGGCACGUAUGAGUGAAAAGUAUCUGUGCAAUGACUGCAAGUGCAAGUGUGGCAGAUGGGUGCAUUGCUGUUUUAUGUCUUUCUGUAUUGUGUAUUUCUGUUAUUACUAACCUGUUGUAGCACUUUACACAGAAGCGAUUGCAACUCAGAGAAGAGAAUAUUACUGCAGGCUUUGCAUACAGACCUGGAGAGGUAUUGCUGAGAUUAAAAAAAGUAAACAAAAAUAUAGAUAUUACUACACAGAAAAUAGUGCUUUAUGAAUCUAUAAUAUACAAGGGUCAUAAAUAUUAGUAUAAAAUACAGUACUGUGCAAAAGUCAGAGACACUAUUUCGUUUAAUUAAUGUCCAGUCAAAACAACCAUUAAGUAUGAGUUAUUCAUUUUUCAGCAUCAGAAUAAAGCAGGAAGCAAAUAUUUAACAGUUUCAUAAAGCCUCCAAGUAUAAGUAUAAGUAUAAUAUCAAAUCUAUCAGUAUUCUAUUUGUUCACUCUUUACUUUUAGCUCUUUCAUCCUUCCAAUCUUAAAACCGAGAUAUAACCAACAAAUGCUGUUCCCAAAGCAGUGACUAAUGUUCUCCUUAGAGCGGACACUAAUAUUCACACAAGUACCUACCCAAACACACCUUAGCUGCCUUAGAAAUUUCUUCAUCAUGUGAAAUAUUUCUGAGGAGAUUAGAAAUAAGACAAUCCAUUUGGGGAGAGUCAAAGGAAAAAAAACAGGAGUUUCCAAAAUUAGAGUUAAAAAAAAUAUUAAAAGUUACAGACAAAAUGGGACUAACAACCGUGCAAGCACUGGUAGACCACCAAAACUGUCACCAUCAGAUAAACAGCACUCAAAGCUUUCAUCUUUGAGAGAGAGGAGAAAAUCACACUCCACUCUUCCUUCAGAUCUGAAAAAAAUAGAACAAUUUAGCACUGUGAGUCUGAAAGUAUGUGUGGCUGUUAAAUAGCUGUCACUGAGAAAAGGAAGAAAAUUUGCAGUAAAACACUGAAAUAGGACAUCUGAGAGUCUAAAUAUGUAUUUGGAUUACUUGAAUUGUGAGAAGCAGAAAAUGCAACCAACUUCUAAGACUGAACUUCAGAGGUGUGGAGAAAUAACCCUGCAGAUUUCUUCAAAAACACUUUUCAGUUCUGCUGAAACAACUGAAGCUGUAAAGAAAGGGCAAAGGGCGGACAUAGAUUAUAUUUAGUUUUAUAUUUAGCUUUUAUGUAAUUUUCUGUUAAAUAUAUGUUUCAUGUUUGUUCUGAAGCUGAAAAAAAUAAUGACUUAGUGGUUUCUGACUUUGGCACAGCACUGUAUGCCAGUGAGUCACAGUUUGGAGUGGAAAUUCAGUGUUUAACCUAAUUAUUCAAAGUACAGUACCUAAAUACAGAUUUAAGUUGAGAGUGCAGUAUUAAGAUUAGAAUCUGCAUUGUUCAAUUCUACACUGAUUAAAGGGACAAUAGGGCUGACUGAACACUCAAACCUAGUGUUUGGACUUCAGUAUAAAAUAAUAUUGUACAUAUUUGUAUAUAAUCAUGUACAGCAUAUGUUGUGUGUAUGGGGUGGUGUUAGGAAUCAGGGUGAAAUGUGUAUGUGUGUGGUUGGUAAACACAAAGAAUGCAUGCCGUGUGUAUGUGUGUUUGUGUGUGUUUUACAGAGGCAGUGUGAGAAAGAGAACAAGAGUGAGAGUGUACUAAAGUUAAUCUACUGCAUACAUUGAAUAUAGGUGUUUUAUGGUAAUAAUUGCAGGAAGAUGUAUGGCUGGCCACAGGCUCUGUGUGUGUGUGUGUGUGUGUGUGUGUGUGUGUGUGUGUGUGUGUGUGUGUGUGUGUGUGUUGCUGUACUGGCUCAGACCUGAGAGAGCUACUGGAGAGCCACUUUGCCAUAUCCACAUGUAAGAGCUUUGAGUGCUCAGGCCUCCAGAGAUGCAAAUUAAAAGCUUUUAAAAUGAUGAUGGAGGAGCGGGGUGAAGAGACUCUUUUAUACAGAGCCAUUAUUAUGGGCUUGGGAUUUUACACUUGGGUUUUUCAUAACACAUCGCAUGCAAUUUUAUGACGCAGUGUCAAAUGGUGCCACAACAACAAAAUGACUCAAAACAAUGAAUUGUCUGUCUAAUGUGGCGCUAAUGCAGCCUCAGUUGCAGUAAAUCAAUAACCUAACUCUUGUCUUGUGGAGACCUUUACCAUGGACGCUACUUCACAACUCGGCUUUCUCAUCGUAUUUGCAAACAUGUAAAUGAGCGCUAAUGCUAGCAUGCAUGCAGCAGGGGUUUGAUUCAUGAGAGCUGCAGGUGGCUAAGGCACACUGCCAGACUUGCAGUACCAUUCUGGAGGGAUCCUGUGCUUUUCCCCUGAGUGUAACAAUAGGCACGAGUCCAAGACCUGGGUAUAAGGGCAUACUAAACAUCGGACAGUGUAUGAAUGAUUGAGUGUGUAAGUGUAUGCAUAUGUAUGAACAGAGGUAGUGCGCAUGUUGGCUCCAGUUGCAUCACUUGAUCCUUCUGCUAUGUGGCAGUUCAGACUUAUUGUAUCUUGCUCUGAGGUAUUUGAUCCACAGAGGGAAAUGGAAUUCCGCUCUUGACUGCUAUAGUAUGAGACAAGUGGUUAUGUGUGUGUGUGUAUUUGUCUUUUUGUGUGUGUAUGAUCACCCCGGAAUGGGGGUUAUUCUAAAUCACAGGCCUUGGCCUUGUGAAAUAAAAGGGCUAGAUAUUUCAAACAUUUCAUCAUAAAGCUGCACACGCUUUUGUGGCUCACGACGUAGUCUUUGGAGAAAACACUCAUCUCUCAUUCUCCUUAAGCACAGCAUAUUUGAAGUAGAAGUCACAAUAGCGACAUGAAGUAACAUCCUCUCAAAUAUGUGCUCAAGUAUUUGCUUGUUCACCUGUAAUUCCUUCUGUCUGUUUCUUUUAUGGUUGUUAAUGUUAGGUAAAGCAAAGAGCAUUGGGGGUUUGAGUGCAGUGAAGGUUUGACUGCAGCAUUGCAUAGCAUCGUAUGGCAUCACAUAGCAGAUAGUACAAAGUGCAACUAUACUACAUAGACUGCGACGCAGUGAGAGCAGUGAUAAACAUCAAGCUCAUUUUCCAUCCUACUGAUGCCGAUUUAGUGGAAUAAAACCUUUCAGCAUCAUUUAGUAAAUGAAUCAUGUUUGGUGUCAGCCAACCAACUGUACACAAACUCGCUGUCUUCCAAUUUAAAAGAUAAUAGAAAGGUCCCUGUGGUAGCAGACCACUGACAUUUGUUUGCUUGUCUUUAAGACAAACAACUGACUGCGUACCUUCUCAAAACUUAAUGGCUCGUUGACUCAGUUGUGUUGGGUAGAGAGAAGGUUUUGACUCAUUGGUGUUGGGUAGAGUGAAGGGUUUGACACAGUGGCGUUGGGUAGAGUAAAAGGUUUGAGUCAGCAGUGUUGGGUAGAGAGAAGGGUUUGACUCAGUGGUGUUGAGUAGACUCAAGGUUUAAUCCAUAGUAUUGUUGGGUAGGCUGAGCAGUUACUCAGCAGUGGUGUUGGGUAGAGCAAAGAGUUUGACUCAGUGGUGUUGGGUAGGGGAAAAGCUUUGAUUCUGUGGUGUUGGAUAGAGUGAAGGGUUAGUCUACAGUGGUGUUGAGUAGACUGAAGGGUAAGUCAACAGUGGUGUUGGGUAGGCUGAAGGGUUAGUCUACGGUGGUGUUGAGUAGACUGAAGGGUAAGUCAACAUUGGUGUUGGGUAGGCUGAAGGGUUAGUCAAGUGUGGCGUUGGGUAGAGUAAACAUUAUUGCAUAGAAGAAAAGGUUUGAUGGAAUAGUAUUGGUUGAAGUCAAGGGUGAGUACAAUCUUUAAAAAUAGGGUUCUUUGGAGUGAUAUCAUAGAAGAUCCACCUUUGGCUCCAUAAAGAACCUUUUAAUGGAAAUUCGAUGUGAACAUGAAGAACCUUUUAAAAGUUGAAAGUACCCAAACAUAAUGUAAAGAUUCUAUACCUACCUAGAACAGUGUGUGUCCAAGACAAGAACUUUUGUGUUUAAGAGAGUAGUUUUUUGGUUAGAGUGCAGGAUUUUGGCUGCAGUGUUUGGAACAAGAGGAGCCAUUGCCAUAAUCAGAGCAAUGUGGGUCUGAGUAAUAACGGAAUCUCACGGUAAGAUGGAUCAGAUUAGCUGAUGAUGCUGAACACUGUGCAAGAUUGAAGAUUACACAUUACACGCUCGGCAGGCUCAGUGGUUGCCUGCUCCACUUAGUGUCCCACACGCUUUAAUCUCCUCAGCCAUGAAUCCACGUAAAAGCGAGACAUUGUUUAAGCAAGCAAGGAAUGCUUACAGGGCUUCUGCUAUUUAUAUUAGCAUUUCCCUUUUCCCUCUCUCAUAUACAUCCUCUAUCUCACUCUCACACUCUUUGCAGUCCCCUCUUAGAACCUUCCUUUUCCCUCUCCAUCCCCCAGGUUCUCUUUCUAUCUUUUAGCCGUACAAUUAUCUUUCUUCAUGUUUCAUUAUCAGUUUGUCACCUUUCUGCAAAUUGCUUUUUUCCAUCUCUUUCACAGCCACAUGGUAAUUUAAUUCUCUCUAGAGUCUUUGUAGUCUUUUGCAGAUGCUCAGACUCAGUCCUGAGUGUAAAGGCCGUUUCUUGAAAGGGCACUGCAUGUCAAAAAGCAACCAGAUGGCUGCUUAUCCAAUAUUACUUAUGAAAUUGAGGAUAUUAGUAGAAAAAUUGUUCCCCUUCUUUUCUGGAAGACUCUAGAUGUUGGAGCUGUGUUGUAGGGAUUUGAAAUCUUUCAGCCGCAAAAGCAUUACUGAGGUCAGUACUGGUGUUAGCCAAUUAAGUCUGGCUUGCAACGGUGCUGCACUUCAUCCCAAAGGUAUUUCAUGAGGCUUCAUCUCUCCAGAGAACACAAUUCUACUGCUCCCCGGUGAAAUGAUGAGGAGCUAAGGCCCCUCUAGUUGACCCUUGGCAUAAUGUAUGGAGAUAUUAGGCUGGUGUGCACCUGUUCCAGAGCAUCCUAUUCUAUUUCCAAAGCUUUUCUUUAGAGAUUACAUGGCUGUGUGCAUGCAAUUUAACACCUGUGUCAACAACAGAUGGGUAAAUCCACAUAUUAUGGAGGGUGUCUGAACACUUUUCAAAACAUACUGUUUGUGUUUUAAAGACAUCUGGACCUGGUUGAGAGCUCUGGUAGGUCUGGUAGGUAGAUAUGGCUGUGCGAUAUGACAAUAAGAUAUCAUUAUCACAACAAAUUACAUCACAAAAAGCUUUUCCGAGCAUAACAUGGGUAUCAUCAGUGCUUCCAGAAGACUUCAUAUUUCAUUAAAAAGACAUUUAGAUGAGGCUCCCAAUGGAUGCAGCUGUCUAAGGUUUCACCCUACAUUUUAAAAAGUGAUGCACUGAAUUUUCUUCAUUCAAAUGUGUACAUCAUUUCCACAUGAACACAGUGGUGGGCGUUUUGUUCUCAUAAUUUUCUAAGAAUAUAUAAGUUGGCACAUCCUCUACAGGGAGCAAACUUACAUAUGGCACUUCUCUGAAAAUUUUAGUGCACAAUUUCUAUUUACUUGCUGACUUUAACAUAUUGGAAAAAAAUAAAAUGAAAUAUGAAAUAUAAAAUGUUAACUUUUGUACAG